AAAUAUGUUACUCAUGAUUUCACAAAGUCCUUUAGGCGAUUUGAGCAGUUGUUAAUUACCGACCUCAUCGCAUGUGGUUAUGUUUAAUCCAUCACAGUGAUGAGGCGGCUGAGGGUCACAGAGCAUUAUCCCCCAACACUUUACAUCUUUCUGACACAAAUUGAGUGCUGUCUUCUUUUGAACAUAAACUCAAUGUCAAUCUCUGUCAGCCCACUUUGAAUCCCUGUGCAUGCUCAUCAUUCUGACCAUCAGAAUCCAAAUAUCACACACACUCAUUGAGAGUACACGCAAUGAAAAUAACAAUUCAGAGGCACACGCACACAAACAACCACACACCAUUAUAAUGCCAGGGCAUAGGGCCCAUUUUUUUUGUCUUGUAGCCCUUUGUUUGGAAAUAUGUCCUGGUUGCACAAAUUCGCCAAAUGCAUUUUUUAAACUAGCAGCCCUGCCUACAGAUAUGUGAAUAGUUUGACAUUAUUUGUAUUUGUCUCAGUUUUUUAAAUAUUUUAUUUAAAUGUUAAAUGUUGACUUAUCAUAUUGUAUUCCAUAUUUUGGCCAGAACUCUCCAGCCACAAUGUACCACUGCCUCUGGGAUUAUUUGUUUUCACAUCUUAAACACAGGGCAGAACCCAUCCUGCAGAGAAUAAAGGAGGACCGGACCCGGGUGGUGUCUCCAUCUUUCGACAACAUCAAGUUCGACACGUUUGAGAUCGAGGAGUACCCGCUGUCUGCUCAGGGCUUCGACUGGGAGCUGUGGUGUCGGUACCUCAACCCCCCGAAGUCCUGGUGGACCCAACGGAACCACACUGCCCCGAUCAGGCAUAAACGCGGGGAUAAUGGCAAGGAUAUUCCUACCCGUGCCUCGAAGAAUUCCAACACUCUUUGCCAAAACGGGUUGGCCAUAGAACAUUCCCAUUGA